CCGACACUUUUUGGUGGGUCACAAUUUUUGGAAGUGCCGUCCGUGCCCCGUCCGCGCCCGCAGCACCUUCCAUUGCAGGUAGUCGCUCUGCCCGGUCCCCGUCUCUGUGCGCGCGCUGCUUCGGGGAAUCCGUAUCAAUCGUCGUCGGCGACCGGCAUCCAAUUGGACCCUCCCUCCGUCCUCCGUCCACCACUCGUCCCCUCCCCGGUCCGGUCCACACCCAAACCUUCAACACAAUGAAGCACAACGCUUCCUCGGCGCUCCUCAGCGCCUUCCAGGGCCUUAGGAUAUCCUCGUCGGCGACUCCCUUCCGUGCCGCGUCGCUCGCAACCUCUGCCGUCCGUCGCCCCAUUGCGCCGACCCCCGUUUCCGUCGCCUCCCAUGUCCGCCUAUUCUCUGCGACCGCCAUCCAGGCUGGUUCGUGGCUCGAGCCCAACCUCAACAGAAAGAAGAAGAUGAUGAAGGGAAGGCCCAGAGUGCCGACGGGUGGUUCGACCAAAGGAACAACAGUGGUUUGGGGAGAUUACGGCCUGCGCAUGCGCGAUCACCACCGCAGAAUUAGCGCCCAACAGCUCAAGCUCGCCGAGGACACCAUCAAGCAGAGGUUGCGUGGUCAGAAGUACCGCCUGUACAAGCGCGUUGCUUGUAACGUCGGUGUGUACGUCAGCGGUAACGAGAUGCGUAUGGGUAAGGGUAAGGGUUCGUUCGACCACUGGGCGACCAGAGUUGCCGUCAACCAGAUUAUCUUCGAGAUCAGGGGGCAAUUGCACGAACAGGUCAUCCGUGAUGCCUUCCGUUUGGCCGGACACAAGCUUCCAGGUCUGUACGAGUUUGUGAAGAAGGGUGACCCACCAGUGGUUGGCAUCACCAAGUUGGAGGAUGGCCUCACGGUGGAGGACCUCAAGAACCCAAGGAAGAAGUUGUUGAUGCCAGAGAUUACCCAGAGUGCUGCGAGCACAUCAAGCACUGCUGCUCCUCCUUCGUAGAGGUGGAGAACCCUGAGCCUAUUCUAAUUGUAACACUAUGUAGAACAACAGAAGGGCCAAUGUGCAAAAGAGUGUUGCCAUGGCCAUUUCAUGAUUAUUAUGACGACGUAACAAGCAUCACCACUUUGAUUUCAA